UCGGAGUCGAGGGCUCCUUGCCCUGAACCCAACGUUUUCCUCUGACGCUUCUACCCUCUCUUCCACGCGCGCAAUUCCUUCAUCAUGUCAGCCGUUGCGCCGGACUGGCUGAACAAUGGCGACAAUGCCUGGCAGCUCACCGCCGCGAGCUUGGUCGCGCUGCAGAGCGUCCCGGGCCUCAUGAUUCUCUAUGGUGGCAUGGUCCAGACAAAAUGGGUCAUCAACUCGGCUUUCAUGUGCUUUUACGCCUUCGCCAUGGUCCUUGUUUGCUGGGUGCUGUAUGCAUACAAAGCAGCAUUCGGAAAGCAAAUGCUUCCAUUCGUGGGCACUCCUGGUCCUGUGGUCAGCAUGGAGUACGAGCUCACGCAAGCUAUCCUCCCCGCCGCAAACAUUACCGCCGCCUAUCCAAUGUCGACCAUGGUCUACUUCCAGUUUUGCUUCGCUGCCAUUACCGUCAUCCUCAUGGCUGGAGCAUUCCUAGGCCGCAUGAGCUUCAGGGCGUGGAUCUUCUUUGUUCCCUUGUGGUUGACACUGUCGUACACCGUCGGUGCCUUCAGCGUUUGGGGCGGCGGAUUUCUAUUCCAGCGCGGUAUUAUCGAUUACUCCGGAGGUUAUGUCAUCCACUUGUCUUCUGGUACCGCGGGCUUCGUCGGCGCAUACUGGAUCGGGCCCCGCCUCAAAUCCGACCGCGAUAACUUCGUGCCCAACAACGUCCUCAUGAUGCUUACAGGCGCGGGUAUCCUUUGGAUCGGCUGGAACGGCUUCAACGGAGGAGAUCCAUACACCGCAAGCCCUGACGCUGGUGCCGCCGUUCUCAACACCAACAUCACCACCUCAAUGAGCCUUUUGACUUGGAUGAUUCUCGAUGUUAUUGUCUACAAGAAGCCCUCAGUCAUUGGAGCCGUUCAGGGCAUGAUCACUGGCCUCGUUGCCAUUACUCCCGCCGCCGGUGUCGUCGCAGGUUGGGGUGCGGUCGUCAUUGGCCUGUGCUCCGGUAGCAUCCCAUGGGUCUCCAUGAAUAUCGUGGGCAAGAGAUUCCGCCUCUUCGAAAUCGUCGACGACACUCUCGGCGUCGUCCACACGCACGCUGUUGCUGGUGCAAUGGGUGGCUUCCUUACCGGUAUCUUCGCAACAUCCAAGGGCUGCAUCUCCUUCGCAUGCGUCUCCUCUGGCGGUGCCGAAAUGGGCCACGGCGUCCAGCUCGGCUGGCAGAUGGCCGGUAUCUGCUUCAUUGUUGGAUGGAACGCCUUCUGGACCUCCGCCAUCAUGCUCUUCAUCAAGUAUGUCUUGCGCAUCCCGCUGCGCAUGACAGAGGAGGAACUCAUGAUCGGCGACGACGCCAUCCAUGGCGAGUCGGCAUACACCUUCGGCGAUAUCACACAUACACACGGAUUGACGCUCCAUGGGCAUGAGCCGUCGCGCAAGCUCACUGAUAUUGAGGCUGAGGCUGGGACACCGGAGACGGGUGAGGGAAGCAAGGCCGCGAAGCAGGCGUGAUUCAUUGCGGUAUCACGUGACUGCUCGGGUAUAUACAUAUAGCCGGGGACGGCUUAGACUGGUAAUAAUAGCUUAAAUUGAAGAUCAUUACUCGUUGCUUGCC